AUGAGUUCAACCUGCAUCGACCAGCAACUAUGCCAGAAAGCCCUGCUUUUGCUUGAAAAGAACUUCUCAAAUGUCAGGAUUCAGCACCUCGUUACCAUCGGCGCCAAGUAUAUGGCAGUCAUGGAUGGCAAGGGCAUACUAGCCAAGGAUAAUCUCAAUGUCGAUUCCCACCCCUUCUGGUCGCAGAUAUCGGUGUUGGAUGUCAGCAGCAAUGGCUCCAUGUACGACGAGUACAUCUGGGUAGACCCCAAAAUCUGGGACAUGGAACAGCCAGCGUUUACUUGCUCACCCCCUUGCAAUGUCAAGAUUCCCCCGUGGACCCGUGCUACAAGCACACUGAACUAUCCACUGAUCACGGUCAGCGAUGGCGAAUGGACAAGCACCAUCACGAAACCGCCCAUGACGAUAUCGGAGUGGGUGUUUGAGCCAGUGACACUGACUGGACAAGCUGUCAACCAGAAGCGCCAGGGCUUCGAGGCUUUUUGGCCCAAACCCGCGACCACACCCCACUGGCCUUCGGUGAUCUACGCCGGUCCAGAUGGUGAUUCUACCACAGUAGGGCCUAAGAUAUCCUUUCCAAAGCCACCUCAAUCUAUCGGUCCCAAUGCGCAGCCUCCACCGACGGGUAGCUGGCCCAAGAGGCAAAUUCAGCCUAUCAUUGGUCAGAUCGAGGAGCCGUUGGUCAAGGAGUGUGGCUUCAUAGACUGGGUUUGCUUCACCGAACCAUGGAUCUUCGGCGACAACAACACCAACUCUGAUGGGGAUAACGGCGAUUUCGACGAAAACUGGGAAGACAGCUGGGUCGUAUGUCCAAUACCGAGCAGUUCCUCGUCUAGUUCGACCUCUUCCAGGACGUCGACGAAAACGACAACAAGUGAAGACCCGCCGGAGCCUACGGCAUCUCCGCGCGAAGGCGAUCCAAUGCAGAAUGAAGUCGACUGUUACGGUGGCCUGGAUCAAAAGACGGAGCAUACGCGCAUGGACAGCGCCAUCCACGACUUCUGCAUUGCGAUAGGUAGCUCGGGUGACGUCUUCAAGGAAAAUUACUUCAAGUCGUUAACUUACACAUUCUACCACAGCACGGGAACCGGUGUCCAAAUCCUCAUUUCGCUCAGCGUCGACCCAGGCUGCCAGUUCAAGUAUGACUACGACUUGUGCCACAAAUACCUGGAGGUUCCUGUCAACAGCUGUCAAUGUGGGGGUGUGAACGGGAAGCAGGGUGGGUUUCUGAAUAACGACUGCUACGAGUGGAGGAUUGAUCCGCAAACGACGUUCUAA